ACACUUAUAUGUGGCAGGUGAGAUGGAUCUUAUCUUACAUAUAUAUGAAUGAUUUUCAGAAUCCAAACAUAUCUGGCAAAUUUAAAGUACUAUCAAACCCUAACAACCAAAUAUACUUCGAUUUCCUUGUAAUAGUAUCUUUGUCAACCCCACAAAGAUAGUACUAUACACUAUCAUAACCCAUCUAUAGUCAAAUAAUUAAAAGUUGAGUUGGUCUUUUAGUUUUGAUCUACAAAUUAUUCCUUCUCACAUGGGAACCUCCUCAAAUAUUAGAAGAUCAUCAAUAAUUGCAUGAUCCUUGCAUGAAAAAUAACCUCAAAAAUUAUCAACACAAGAUAAUAGAUAUAUAUUGUUAUCAUGGAAGAUGUCAAGAAAUGGAUGCAUAAAGAGACAGAAAAGCAAAGAAGGCAAGAGAUGGCCAACCUCUGCACAUCCCUUAGAUCUCUUCUUCCUUUAGAGUAUAUUAAGGGAAAGCGCUCAAUUUCUGAUCAUGUGAAUGAAGCUAUCAAUUAUAUCAACCACCUACAAAACAAUGUGAAACAAUUACAAGAUAAGAAAGAAGAUUUAAUGAAGGUGUCUAAUUUGAAUAAUAUCCACCACCAAAAUGGCUCUACUACUAGUACCAAUCUUCAACCCUUUGUUAUUGUUCAACCUUUCCCUGGAGGACUUGAGAUUGUGUGCAGUUACACCUCCAAGACAUGUUUGUUUCCUUUGUCAAGAGUGCUAGAUAUGCUGCUUAAAGAAGGGCUUAAUGUGAUAAGUAGUAAUUCGAGCAAAAUAGAUGGAAGAUUCAUAUACACUAUACGAUCUGAGGAUCCAAUAAUGUCAGGGAUUGAUUACUCUCAACUGCAAAGAAAGCUUACGGAUGCAAUAUUAUCAUCAUCAAGUUUACAAGAGAGUUCAUCUGAACCUGGAAUUAACCAUAUCUUGAGAUAAAUGUAUUAUGUGUGCAUGCAGUCUUAAUAUAAAAUGGAUCUUGAUCCUCUCUUGCUGUUCGUUCUGCUAUCAUCUCAACCGUCCAUUCAUGUUUUUUACUACGAGUCAUUAGAUGAAGAGCAGCAAAGAUAUGGCAUAACAGAAAAGACAGUAGAGGAUCAAAUUUCAUAUAAAAUUAAGCCAAUUAAAGAUUCAAAUUCAAAGUGGCAUGAUGCAUGAAAGCAAUACUCAUUGAUAUAUUUUUCAUUGAAGUUAGAAAGAAUAGUCAUGCAAAAAGUUCAUGUUGAUGUUCAAUGUAUUGAGUGCUCAUACACGUAUUUUCUUAAAUCAUAAACCAUUUUAAUUUUUCACACACUUCGAUUCUUUUCGACGUAAAGAAGAAAUCCAUAUAAAGAAAAGGAGGAUCCAUUAUAUAAACUAUAAAGCUCAUUUUUCACUCUCUUAUGGAUGAAGAUAUAUAGCUGGUCAUUAGUGCAUAUGGAUCCCUUGUGGUUCCCUAUACCUCGUGUUAAAAUCCUUCGUUGCAGGGUUAUUCGGGAUGUUUCGGGGUCAAAUUGUCUUGUGGAAGAUGAGAUUAAUUAGUAUCGAUCUGAUCUUUGAAAAAGCUCAAAACCUUCUAAGGAUAUUGUGUUUCUCUUAGCAAUUUUUGUUAGAUAGAGUUCCAACUCGUGUUAACCUUGUUUUUCGCAAGGUUAUUCGGGAUGUUUAAGGGUCAAAUUGUAUUUUUUGUGGGUAUUUGUAGGAAACAACUACCCACCUGCCAGUUAGGGUGGCUAUUCACCAUGACCUUCAUAAGUGUUUUAGUCUGUAUUUGAGUUUUACUUUCUUUGGAGCUAAUCUUAUAUGAGUUUAAUUGUUGUGCACCGUCAGUGUAAAUUAUUUUUACACAUACAUCCAAUGACGCG